UUGUCUUAUUAUAUAAAUAUAAGGAAGAUUUAUGGUUACUACACUGGAAAUGAAGAUUUUUGUGACAUGACUGAAAUCCUCUGGAAAAAAGAACUUGUGAACUGAUUACAAUGGAAAGGCUCGUUUUCUAUCUGCUGAUGCUUGGCAGUUUGGUAAAAGCUCAUAGCUGCCCUGGACGGUGCAUCUGUCAAAAUAUUUCUCCCACCCUGACUAUGCUGUGUGCCAAAACUGGACUUCUCUUUGUACCACCAACAAUUGACAGGAGAACAGUAGAACUUAGGCUUACAGAUAAUUUUAUAACGAUUAUCCGUAAAAAAGACUUUGUUAAUAUGACUAGUCUUGUUCAUCUCACUCUUUCAAGGAACACAAUCAGCCAAAUUAUGCCGAAUGCAUUUAUAGAUUUGAAGUUUCUUCGCGCUUUGCACAUGGACAGCAACAGGCUCACUGUCCUUAAAACUGAACAUUUCAGGGGGUUGGGAAACCUCCGCCAUCUAAUAUUGGGGAACAACCAAAUCCACUACAUUGAAUCAAACUGUUUUGAUGAAUUCUUAGCAAAUAUUGAGGACUUAGAUUUAUCUUAUAAUAACCUAGAGACAUUGCCCUGGGAAGCCAUUGGGAGGAUGGUGAAUAUGAACACUCUAACACUUGACCAUAACCUGAUUGACCAUAUCUCAGAGGGUACUUUUACUAUGUUACAGAAACUUGCCCGUUUGGAUAUGACAUCAAACAGACUUCAAAAACUUCCACCUGACAAUUUGUUCUUAAAAGCCCAAGUACAAGCUAAUGCCAGGGGUUCUCAUUCCUCAUCACUGACCGUUAGCUUUGGUGGGAAUCCGUUACACUGCAACUGUGAGAUGUUGUGGCUAAGGCGCCUUACAAGGGAAGAUGACUUAGAGACCUGUGCAUCCCCUGACCAUUUGAUGGACAGAUACUUUUGGUCAAUCCCAGAAGAUGAAUUCCUCUGUGAACCUCCAUUAAUUACACGACAUUAUGCCUCCAAGGCAUUUAUCAUGGAAGGCCAAGGAGUGGUCUUGAAAUGUAAAGCUGUAGGUGAUCCUGAACCUUCUAUUCACUGGAUUGCUCCAGAUGGAAAAAUGAUGAACAAUACCACCAGGACAAUUAUUUAUGACAAUGGAACCUUAGAUAUAAUAAUAACUACACUUAAGGAUAAUGGAAUUUUCACGUGUAUAGCCUCAAAUGCUGCAGGGGAAGCCACAGAAGGAAUUGAAGUAAAUAUUAUUCCUCUUCCUCUUUUCAUCAAUAAUACCAAUCGUCAGAGAGAACCUGAUCCCGGCUCUUCGGACAUCACUACUUCUAUGAAAUCAGGGUCUAAUGACACCAAGAAUCAUCUAGAUAGGAAAAUUGUAGCAGCAGAGCUGACCUCAACUUCAGCUGUCAUCCAGUGGCCAUCUGAGCGUCAUAUUCCCGGAAUUCGUAUGUACCAGAUCCAGUACAACAGUUCUUCAGAUGACACAUUAGUAUACAGGAUGAUUCCAUCAACAAGCAGAGCAUUCAUGGUGAAUGAUCUAGCUGCAGGGCGUGAUUAUGAUCUCUGUGUUCUAGCUGUAUAUGAUGAUGGAAUUACAUCCCUGACUGCCACAAGAAUUGUUGGCUGUGUGCAAUUUACCACAGAAAAUGAAAAUACCCAAUGUCAGUCUAUCCAUACGCAGUUUCUUGGAGGAACUAUGAUCAUUAUAAUUGGAGGAAUAAUUGUAGCAUCAGUCCUAGUCUUUAUUAUUAUUUUAAUGAUACGAUACAAGGUGUACAACAAUCAGGAGGAACAUAAAAAGGCAAAAGUCAGCAAUGUGUAUUCUCAGACAAAUGGGAAUAAUUCUGGAGCAGUACCGCCCUCCACUUCAAAGAUGGUAGUAGACAAGUCAGGUCCUGCACAAGAGAUGUUCAUGAUGACUCCCAAAAACUCGUCUACAGUAGCUGUAAAAGUAGAUUGUGAGCAGUCUGGAUCUUCUUGUAAAAUACCCAUCACCAAUAAGGAUGCUACAGCAGAUGGAGGAAAGGAAAAGAAAAAGAAAGGAGGUAGUGCUGAAUUUCACACAACCGCCCUGCUAUCCUCUGAAGAAGCUGCAACGGACAGUAGUUUAGCUGGAUCAUCUAUGUCAUUAUGCCUCAUUGGUACCAGUACUGAAACACCUGUUUUGAGGGACAAACAAAGCAGACUCAGCAAUGUGGCUAUUUUUUCUCGUGACAUUUCAAGAACUCACCAUCAUAGGUUUUCCUUUGAUGGGGAUUAUUCUCUUUUUCAAAGUCACAGUUACCCGCGUAGGGCAAGGACAAGGAGACAUAUGUCCACUUCCCAACUGAACACUGAGGAGAACUCUCUGAGUAAUAAACGGGUAACAUUCAGUAGCACAGAGUGGAUGCUAGAAAGCACUGUUUGAGUACAGCUGGCCAAACAUUUCAGAAGGGCUUCUUGCCAGUCGCUUAUGUACUUUUCCUGACAUGAUGGUUAAAUAUUGUUUUCCAGAAAACAAACUAUAAGGAGUUUGGUUUCAAGCAACACUGACAUGCAGCAGUGCCUUAAACCAUCAUAAAGAAAAAUACAGGAGAAGCUACUGAUUUUGUAAAUUUUGGCCUGCAUAUUUGCAACCUGAAAAGUCACAGAUGAGCCUAACAUCAAAUGAGUAAGAUGUGUUUUAGUCUUAACUGUUAGUUCCUUUCUUAAAUCAGUACAUUGGGUUUUAGCUUGGCAUGUCUGAAAGAAGAGCUAUUCAGACAUGAGAUGAAAUACUGAUGAUUAUAAAUUUGUCUAAAACUAAGAUGAAGGUCAUGUCUAGGACCAAGGUAUCACAAGAAGGUUGACAUGAAGUGCAGAUCUUAUGCAGCUGUACAGACCUGUUUAAGGGAAUAAGAAACACUUCAGAUUGUCCAAUUAGCCCCUUUUUUUGUGACUUCAUCCUGUUUCCAUUUCCAUAUUUAUUGUAUCUGGCUGGUCUAGAUAAGUUUCUGUGUAUGUGGUCUCAUUCUGAAGAUGUUAUGCCUUUCUUGUUUCUCUUUAUCAUGACUUUUUUAUGGAAAUUGAGUGCUGUCCACACAUUUUUUUAUAUUUAAAAUCCAUGUCAUCACACUGUUUUUCUCAGUUCUCUUUACAUUGAAAGUGAAUACAGUUUGGAAUCCUUUCAUUAUACUCAACUAAAUGUAUAUGUUCACAUAGGGUCCAGGAAUAAAAAAAAAACUAGCACAUUAAGAACUGUAUAGAUAAUAUUAUCUUUUACACAGGAUCUGCAGUAUUUGCCCAUAUGAUUAUAUGAUACAGUAUUAACAUUUAUACAGUAGUGUUAUUUUACUCUAGCUCUUGAUUUGGGGAGUAUUCGACACAGUAAAUAAUUACAUACAAGAACUUACUUCUGCUGAUUACUAACCUGUGCAAACUGAAAAAUGAGUUAUUGGGAAAAGAGUCAUUUGAAACUUCUUACAGUUGUAUACAGUCCUCACUUGUAAUUUCCAAAAGUAAAUCAUUUUCCUUGCUGACCGUCUUUUUGUUACUUCAGUAAAAUGUUUCUGAAACACCUGUGUUGUUUUCUUCAUUUUAAGAUAGACAGAUAUGACCAUAACAUUUGUGAAGUCCAGUUUUUUUGUUUUUCUUGGGAUUAUUUCAAUGAUUUAUCAUUGGCUAACACUGAAUAGUUUUGCUUAAUUGGUACUACUUUGUGUCCAAGAGAUCCUGCAAUUUGUUUUCCUCUGCAUUCUGGCACUAGUCAUUUGUACUUCAACUACUCUUAGCAUUUUCACAUCUAAUAAUUUUAAAUAACAAGAACAUGUUUUACAGUUAAUUAAACAUAGCCCAAGUGUACUGUUUAGUGAUAAUCAAUAAAUGUAUGAGAUGUAUAAACAGAAAUCAUUGUAAUAUUUUAAACGGUUGUCUUGCAUUUGCUUUCAUGCUCCAUAUAGAAUUAUAUACUGAAUCAUUUAUUAACAAGCUUAUCUUUUCUGUUCUCAGUGUUACAGUUCCCAUGUCAGUUAAUUUCAGACCUAAUAUUGUCUAGUUAUGGUAUAGACAGUUGUUGGACAUCAGAAAGGGAUGUUUUUCAUUAGAUUAUUGUUGCAGUAGCCUAAGCUGUAUGGGAUUUAUAAUGCCAGGAAUCAGAUUACUGGUCUGUAUCCAAAGCUUCGCAGCUGCUUCCACACUGGAAGAGGCAGUAGAGCUUGUUGGGUUAAAAAUAAAUGCAUAAGUACCAAAGUUCAAAAAUGUCAUGCCUUUCAGGCCCAAAGCUGUCUAUAGCUUCUUUAGUGGUUCUUUAAUCAGCUAGUGUUGAAAAAUUGGGCAUACGAGUACCCCAUUAUUGACUUUCCUUCCCUUUUUCAAUGAGAAUUAUUGUUGUUUUUGGAUUAUGUCUGAGAGAAAGGGGAAAUACUUUUGUGAUGUGAAAUGUCUUAUAGAAUCUCACAUAUAGCCUGUAUUUUCAUGUUAGCUAAGGAACAUGACAUCCAGUGUCAUGCUCCAUUUGUCUUUCUUUCAAACCUAAGACCCUUAUGAGUUGGCUUAAUUCCCCCAAGUUUUAGUCAAGAACCAAUAUCUUAAAACUCUUUUAUGGCCCACUUAUACUGUCUGAUGCCAAGUCCUCAGACAUCCCUCCUUAGGUCAUCAAGAAAAGUUAAGUUAUUACAGUGGGUUCUUCCAUACCAUUUUUCACAUUCUGUCUUUCCUGGUCCUCAGCAAAUCACUUUGUUUUUGGCAUAUCAAAACCAUCAAACAGCUUGAUGGCUGAUCUCAACCCCACUGAUGUUGCUCAUCAUGGAAAAGUGUAGGAAGUCCUGACAAAUCCUUAGCGAUUAAACAUAUGUCCAGUGCAGACAAGGGAGAACAAUGCUUGAUCUGUUAAGAAAGGGAUGUAGAUGUCCCACAGAUAAAUGUUUCAGAUGAGGUGCCUAGCACCCAUUAGAGGAACAGACAUCAAAGCAGAUAUUUUCUACUGCGACUCCUAAGGAAAAGUCUCAAAAAUUGAAACAUCUCAGCAGAAGUCUCUCUUGUUUUAGUUUUAUACAAAAUGUUUCAAUCUUAUGAGACUGUUUCUUCAGCUCAGAAUCAUUCAAACAGAGAUAAAAAGAAACUGAAAGAAAGAGAGAGAGAGAGAGAGAGAGAGAGAGAGAGAGAGAGAGAACUCCUUCACUUUCUUCUGCAGAUCUGAUUCAGAAAUAGAGGUGGCUGGUUUAGACCUUGCUUCCCAAGUUGCUUCAGCUGAAAACUGGGAAACAGAACCUGAAGAAGAUAUUUUUUUUUUGUUGUUGUUCAUUUUCCCCUGUGGAGAAGUUGUCCUUUCCUGAUUCUAUUAGGAGGAUGAAGGACUUGUUUCAAUGGGAGCAUAAAAAGAUCUCUGUAACUCCACAGAAAUAUUGGGCGCAAGCACAUACCCACAAACCAGUGGCUGCACCCCUAGUUACUGCAUUACCACAGGACACUUUUAAUACAGCCAGUUCUUUUCAUGAUAGUCUUUCUGCUGCUCCUAGAAAAGCUCAUACACUCUAGAACGUUCUUCAGUCUUAUAGGUACCUUUUCUCUAAUCCCAGAGCAGACCCUUCAGCUCUAAAGACCUCUGUCUCUAAACACCUGGCAGUGCCUUUGAUAGAUUUAGGAAAAAGGUUAAUACCUCUUCGAUCUUAGUAUUUUAAACUGUCAUUUGUCAGGCCCAUAUGUUCAAAUUCUUUUAGCCUCCUUUGCUAACAUGAAAAAGGCUAUUGCUGAUUUAUCUAGCUCAGUAUUUAAAUCUUCUUUACCAUUGUUGCUUUUCUUAGUCAAUCUGGUUAUCAAACGCUCCUUCAGAUUCUCUUAUGAUGGAUGCUGUUGAUACAAUUUAUAGAGCUACAGCAACGCAAUUAGUCUUGCAUAGGCUUGCAUGGCUACAUACCCAGAAUUUACCUCUAGAUGUAAAAUCUGAAUUUCUUAAUGCCCCCCUGGAUAAAAGGGCUUUGCUCAACACUUCAUCUGUGGAUGUUUUGAAGUUGUUGAUGAAAGGGUAAAACUGAUACAAGGAGAAAAACAAAAUUAUCUAACCCCUGUACCAAAACAUAAUAGAACUUUCCCCUGCAGUCUGUGUUCAUUUUCUUUUCAGAAAACCAUUUAAACAAAGAUAUCAAAAGUCAGUAAAUCAACCUUUUAAGAAGCAAUAGCAAGGAUGUCACAUGAAAAAGGAGGAACCCCUCAGGAAGAUGCUCAGUCAAAGAAAAAUAACUGACUGGCUGACUUGGGGAGUGUGACAUAAUGAUUAAGGACUUUCCCUUACAUAUAGAAGGUACAAGAUUUGAUUCCAGUGUGGAGCAAGAAUUAUUAACUAGGCUUGUAAUAAUCUAUAGACUGAUAGCGUACUAUCUACCUGUGCGACCAACCUCUCCCCACUAUGGCAGUCCUCCCAAACUUUCAAAAAAUCCUUCUUUAUAUCUUUCCUCUAUAAUACCUGGUUAUAACCGAUUAUUAGGUACUUAGAAUCAUCCAAAAUUGCUACAUAUGACAAUAUGAUUCUCACACAGACAGUAAUGUUCCUUUAUUCCAUCUCCAAAACGAAAUCCACCAAUUUUCUCCCAUCAUUGCUCAUAUGAUUUCCCAGGGAGUACUAGAAUAUGAGCUCAUAAUAAAAAAGGAACUGGAUUCUAUUCAAGAAUAUUUCUGGUACACAAUAAGGAGUAAACCUGAAGACCUGUUUUGGAUGUUUUUUUUUUUCUCUGAAUCUCCAUGUCAGGGAUCUGAAGAUCAAAAUGCAUAUUCUAUAACCUCUCUUACUGUUAAUCUGCACUUUUACUUUCUUAAUAAGGUUGGAUCCGAAAGAUGCUUACUACUUUAUACCCCUUCAAAAAACUCUAGACCCAUUUUACUAUUUUCUACUUCUGGUUCACAUGUUCAGUUCUCCUCUUUACCCCUUGGUUUGUUCACAGCACCAAGAGUAUUUGCAAAGUGUCAAGUACCAGUGAUUGCUUGUGCAGAUUACAAGGCAUUCAUACUUUUCCUUACAUGGACAAUUGCUUUAUUUUUGCAAACUCUAUUCAAAAAUGUUAGAAGUUUCUACUCUUGGUCACAUAUCUGUUUUAUAACUGAGGUCUUCAACUCUAUAUGGAAAAGUCAUCUCUCAUUCCUUCCAAGAGGAUGACUUUUCUAGGUUGCCUGCUAGAAACCUUACAAAUGAUGGUAUUCUUGACUCAGGAGAAAGUAACCUUUUUCAAAUAUGAAUUUUUCAAUUUUCUAUUAAGCUCUGCCAUCAGUAAAGUAAUUCUUUGGGAUAGAAGGAUACAUGGCUUCUACAAUUCUCAUUAUUCCUCUAGCUAAAUUAGACAUGAGAAACAUUCAGUAGUUCCUCAAAUCAGCCUGGACUCAACACCAACACUCCUGACUUUCUUAUAAAACAUUUUGUUUGCCAGGAACUUCUCAAGUGGAUACACCAGAUGACUCUGAAUGUGAGGCUUUCAAUCUUUAUUUCAGCCCCUUUCCAGUCUGUAUCUAUGGAAGCUUCAGAUUUUGCACAGGGCGGGACUGUAUUCAGGAGAUCCAAAGUAUAAGGAUGUUGGGAACACAUUUUCAAAAGGAAACACAUAAAAAUCAAAGAAAUUAUGGCAUUGGCAAUUGCUCCCAAGUUGCUGAACCAUUUUUUGAAUCCAGGACACUUAUGGUAAUCAUAGACAACACCACUAGCAUGUGGUACAUAAACAAACAAAGUGGAUUUAGGUCAUAGCUAUGCUAGCCUGAGAACUUACACUACAACACAAACCAUCCUUGCAGGCUAUAUUGCAGAAUACUGUGACAGAAUGUUGGAGCAGAACCAGCCAGAACCCCACAAAUGGAUAUUAUACACAGAAGUCUUCACAGGGAAUUAUCCACCUGUUGGAAGCUCCACAAUAAGAUUGUUUUACUUCCAUUUAAAACAGACCAUUAAAAAAGUCUGCUCCAGCACUCCUUGCAGAAAGAAGACAAAUGCCUUCUCUUUCCCGUGAACAAAAAUGUUCUUUUCUGUCUUUUCCCUUUCCUGUGAACACCAGGGGUCUUUUAAAGAUCCAGAAAGGAUUCUCCAAAGACAGUAUUGGUAACUCUAUUUUGGCAAAAGUGGCCCUUUAUUCUCAUGAAAAUGGCCAAGGGCAAUUAUCACAAGCUUUCCUACAGGAUCAUCUUGCACAGACAAGUGGACUCUUGUUCACCCCACACAGAAAUUCCUUUUGUGACAACAUGGAUGGCAGAAUUUCAGUUCUUCUCAGGCACAUAUUUUCUGAGAACAUUAUGCAGGUAUUACAGAUGGAUAAGAAACCUGAUACUAGGAAAUUAUAUUUGGUCAAAUGGAAGUCAUUUUCUAGCAAGUACCAGAAACAGAAGCAAGUCCUUUUAAAGGCAGACACUCCUUUGGUUCACCAAUAUCUGUGCUAGUUGUUAAAAUUAGACCUUUCUUAUUCUUGUAUCAAGAUUCAUCUUUCAGUAAUUUCUGCUUGUCUGCAUUUAUCUCUAGUUCUUUCUUGUUUACAGUAAAACAGUUUUUGAAAGAGCUACAACAUGUCCAACUUGCUGUAAAACAGGUGACUUGACUCCCUUCAUGGGAUUUUAACUUGAACUCAAAAAACGUACACUUUUUCCUUCUGAACCAGCUCAUAAGGCUGAUUUAAAAUUCCUGACUUGGCAAACGGUGUUACUCAGUCAUCGAAAAACAGCUAGGAGAGUGCCUGAGUUGCAGACUGUUAUGGAAUUCACCUUUACCUUACUUUCGAUAAAGAUAAGGUAUCCUUAAAAAAACAAUCCUUUCUUCAUGCCAAAACGUGUAUCAUAAUUUAUUCUAAGUCAGUCCAUUAAAUUCUCUGUUACUUACCUUCAACCAAAAAAAUAAGUAAUGGAUAUAAAAUCUUGCAUACUCUAACAUAGUCAUUACACUGAUAAAACAAAGGACUUUAGAAAUUCCAGUCUGAGAGGAGACAGCCAGUGGCAACCAUACUGUCUCCAAAUGGUUAUCUAAUGCUAUUCAGUUUUGUUAUUCUCAAUAUUGGAAAGAUCCUUACCAACAAAGACAAGGCUUACUCUACCAGACAAUGGCUACUUCUAGGAAUUUUUGGAAAGUGGUAGACUCUAGAAGUAUUCCAGAUGUGGCAUCUUGGUCAUCUGUACUCACUUUCACUAGGCAUUAUAUCCUUGACUCCUUCUCCGGAACAAGAGCAGGUUUUGCUAGGGCUAUUCUUCUGGGACUAUUGGUCCCCACCUCUUCCUGCUCCUCCUCUCUUACAGUGUAAGCUUUGCUAAUCAUUCCAUAUAGCUUAGGCUACUACAACAGUGAUGUAAUAAUGAGCAUAUUGUACAGUUGUGUAAAUCAACUUAUCAUAGCAGUAGAUGUUUGAAGACGUCACUUUUGCAGUAUUAACACCCUCCAUUCUACCCAUCUUUUGAUCCCUCUAAUGAGUUUUAUUUUUUAUGAGAGCUUUUUCUUCACCCUGAACUAUGAGGCAGAGCGGGGUCUCCCCUUAUCCCUGCUUUUUCCCCUUUCUCCUAGCACAUUACCUGACAUUUUGGACUGUAGCUCUCUCUCCUAAGAGGCAGGAAAGCUCUGAGUUUUGGUGCAUGUACUUCUACUGUUAUAUCAGCAUACCCUCAUUCCUCCUUCAACAUGCAGGAGUAUGGAAGCUUUGCAUACUGACUGGCUGUCUGAUUCUUGGCAGGAUAUGUCUCAUAUAUCUUAGGCUACUGCAACAGUGAUGUACUCAGACUUCUGCUGUUAUGGUAAGUUUACAUACGCAACUGUACUUUCUCUGUCUUAAAAUAAAUUAAAAGAUUUUUAAUGUUAGAAAUUGUGCAAUGGGAUUAUUAAGAGAAUUAUGUCAUAGUCUGGCAUCUCUAAAUUUUGUAAGUACGUAUUUAUCUUUCCAGGUGUGUCACAUCAAUUACUGUAUCCUAUAAAGAGUAAAUCAAAUAACCAAGACUGAUUGUACAAUUUAAUAUUAGUACUGUUUUCCAAAUAUGAUGGUAAUAAACCAUCUCACUGAAUAUUUCAAUAGUGUUUUCAUAAGCAUUAAAGGCAAGUAGCAUGGAUUUUUAGUGAGUGACAGGCAACAGAUGUUAGCUGACAAAUUCAGAUGUGCUUCUGAAGUUCUAUUGCAACCACAAAGCACAAUUUAAAAAAAAAAUCAAAAUGCUUAUUUUGUUUUUUUACUGCAUUAUGAUGCUUUCCAGAUACUUCUAAGAGGAAUUUUCACUGAAUGUGUAUGUUUGCAUUUGUUUACACUAAAAUACAUUAGUUAAAGUGAAGUUUGUAUGUUAAAAUGUUUCAUAUCACACACAGUGUUCUUAAGAUCUUCUGGGGUGUUUUUUAUUGUUUCUCAUGGUAACUACUAUGUACAGUGCUCCCACAUAACUGUUUUGUUUAUAACACAGUGCUACACAAUCCAGUCUACCUCAGUUUGUCCCAUCCAUUGGAAAAAAACUACAAAAGAAUCAUGAGAAUUACCUCCAGUGCAUAUCAGAAACUAUUUCCUGUUGUAUUCAUUCUCAAAACAGCAGCAAAACAGAAAUGUUAAUGUACUUGUAAUCUUGGACAUGCCAAAUUACAUGGUGCUACAUAUUAAACAUAUCUGUGGAGGGUAAAUUUAACAUUUGUGUCUAAAUCUCUUUUAUCUGCUAACAACUCACUAUAUUUAGUAACCACAAUAUUACUCG